CUGGAUUCUCGUGUUGCCAGUGAUUUACUAGGGAAUUAUCACUUCUUAACCCUUACUGUUCUGUGUAGGGAGUAAGAGGGGGUGUUUGUGUGUGGUUUUUUGGCCCAAAAAACGCCGAAUUAUCAUUAGAAUUAACUCUACGAUUGCACGGGAAUGCCCCUAUUGUUAUCGGGGGUUUGAAAAUAUCGGUUCAGUUGGGCUGUGGCCGACUUUAUUUCGGCAAAGAAUUCAUAGACGCAGUCACUAAUAACAAUAAAGAGAAUUCAGUGGCUUUAGGGAGCGACGAUUUGAGCAGUCCCGAGUGUAAUAUUCCCGAGACAAUGUUAGAUUUGUAUUCUCCAAAAACCACACAAAAAACAUUCGAGGCUUUUGUGCCGAAAUUGUUGCCUAAAAGUAACCGAAAGCCGAGUUCGGUUAACCGACAACCCGAUUCAGGGAAACCGAUUACUCGGGACCCAAAAUCAGCGAAAAAAUCUGACAAAAAAACAGAAUCGGUUCCUGAAAUAGUGCCAGAAAGGCCGGUUUUGUUCGGUUUUAUUUACGUUUCUGAGGCCCUUUUUAACCGAGAAGUGAUGAAUUCGUACUUGACUUGUCAUAUGUUUGCUUUGGACGAGGUUUCUAGCAGCAAAUUGGUGGCUUUUGAUUCGAAUCCAAUUUAUAAUUUUUCCCAGCAAAUUCCGCUGAUUCUUGAGGAGGAUUUUUUGCUCAAGUUGCGUGAGAAUUUCAUGGUCGUGGAAUUUUUUGAAAAAGGGCAAGGGAAGGAUUUUUUAAUCGGACUUGCGAAACUUCCUCUACACCAGUUUUAUCUGGCUUACAGGAAUUCGGUCAUUGUGAAGUAUUUAUCGGAAAGAAAACUUCCUGUAAUUGGAGCUGACGGUUGGGAGUCGGUGUUUAGCCCCAGCAAUGGUGAAGUGGUAGGUCAAGCGCAAAUCCUCCUCGCUCUAGGUACGAAAGAACAGAUCGAAAACCUCGAGAGUGAGCGAGGAUUUAGGAAAAACACAGUCAAGGCAAAAACUCCCGUUAGGAAAAAAAUUAAUGUAGCAACACAAUCCGAAAUGGAGCCCCAAAAAGACAAUGAACCGGUGGUUCCCACUCAAAAAACGAAUCCAGUAGUCGAAACGAGCACAAACACCGAACCGGAAAUGGAAGUCCGAAGUACUUCCGACCUACUCGAUACGUUACAAAAGGCCUUAUCCAUCGAUAACGUCAGAGAAAAAAAUUAUUUCCGAGCCCACAUUGCAAUAAACAGCGCUUUACAUUUGCCCAGUCGUCGAAAAUGCAAAUCGAAAAAAUCCAAAGGACGAAACGGCAAACACGAGGAUAUCCUACCGAGUACUUACGUCACAUUUGAGUGUUUUAAGGGCGAAUUGAAAAUGACUCAAAUCGUACCCAAAAAUACCUCACCCAAGUGGGACUUUAGCUGCGAUGUUUCUUUACCGCUGGAGUAUUUAACAGACAAUCAGAAAUUUUUGGUGUUCAAAGUUUGGCGCAAAUCGACCAAUACGACAAUGACACCGAACAUGCAAGUCGAUCACGUGAUCGGUUUCGCGACCGUUGAUUUGACCGUGUUGGCUGCCGGAUUGCCAAGUGUGCAAGGGUGGUUCAAUAUCAACGAUUUGUCGAAAAAAUGCAACGGACAAAUUAAUAUUCACGUGACUCCGUUGGAAAAUGUGAUAAAAUAUCGUCCGCAAGAAUGCUGCGAGGGUGAGUCUUCGAGUCCUUCACAGCCCCCCGAAGCCCCCUUCGAGCCUGGUGAGCUUCUGGGGCGCGCCCUCAAGCGAAAAUUCACCGAAUUGGACGAAAUCACACAGAGAUUAAGACUGCGCCUUUCAAAAGUCACAAACGACGAAUCAGAUACUUCGAAUGAUGAAAUCGCCGAUGAAUUUGAACGCGAUAUUAACACACUUUGUGUGGAGGAUGAUUUCGACAUGGUCGAUUUUGAGAAGGAAGCCCAGAAAUUUAACUUAAACCACACGAAAGAUUCUGAAGUCGGAUUAUUACAAACUGAUGAGAAUUUGGUCGAAAACAAGCAAAAAAUCGACCAUUUAUUGGAGAAAUUGAGCUUGAUUUCUGGCGAAAUGUCCAGUAGAUAUGUAUCAGGGUGUUCCUAUGACGCAGAAGCGAUUUUAAACGAGUUAGAUAGUGGUUCAAGGCCGAAUUUGCACUCGGGGGUUUCGUUCAAUCGGGAGAUGUCUGAAAGGUUUGGAGGUUUUGACAGUGAGAGGUCAGGACCGGAGGGAGAGGGACAAAGCAAUAUUGUUAAAAGUGAUCAACAUUUAAUAUAAAGGUCUAAAUAAUUU